CUGCAACCCCAAGCCCGGGGCCUUGCCCUCGCCAUGGCAGAGCGGCGCGGGGGCCUGGGGGCUCGCCUGGCCCGGCGCCUGGCCGGGCUAGGGGUCCGCAGGGAAAGCAGGGAGAAGCGGACCCCGAAGGAGGCCAGAGCCCCGGAUAGGCCCUGGGGUGGCCAGAGCUGCCCUGACCUGGCCCAGGGCCAGGGCAGCACCAGCAAUGUCAGCCUCAAGGCCCAAGGCCAGAGCCACUCAGAAUGGGACCUUCGGGCAGGGAGCCAUGGUUCCUGGCUUUGGAAGCGACGACACAGCUCAGGGGGGCCUGCUCAGCCCCUGGGGCGCCUACAGAGGCCAGCUGUGGGCAGCGCCUCCGACCUAGCCAACUAUGCCUCUGUGCGGCCAGAGAGCUUGGCACUGGCAGUGGCCUCAGCAGAGCCUGCUGAUGCCAGGUGUCCCUCAAGCCCCGUGCCAGCUCCUGGACAUCUGGAACAGGGAACCCCAGGCUGUACUUGCCUGUCACCCUCGUACACAGCCCCAGAGGUUCCUCUGAGGCCUGAGCCACCCGGCAACCUGGAAGUCCUGCUGCCCCGCCCAGUAUCCUUCCCCAUGGCAGAAGGGGCAAAGGGCGAGUCUGCCACCCCAGGGCCAGCCCUGCCAGAGCCAGCCCAGGCCCUACACCAGCGUCCCUCUACCAGGAGGACCCGCUACCACAUCACUGUCACCCUGCAGGGGCGUGGGCAGGCACCUGGGGAGGAGUGUGAGGAGCCGAAACCGGCCCAACCAGCUCCCCACCCCUGCGGCCCUGAGGAAUCCAGAGGCUGGCAGGAGCCUCUCCAGGGGCCCCGCCCCAUCACGGGGUGGCUGACCGACCCGCCCCAGGAGCCCCAGCUGAGAGCCCCACGGCAUCAGGGGAGCACGGACCAGCGGCAGGAGCUCCAGGCCAGCCAGACGCCUGGGUCCCCACACAGACGGGAGCUGGACCACAGUGUGCCAAGGACACCUCAAGACAGGUUGCGGGGGCCCAACAUGGAGGAGGCAGGUGGGCCCCCGGCUCGGACUGAGGCCCGAGUGGUGAGUGCCACGCUGACAUGGCGGCAGCGGCCCCCUGCCCAGGAAGAGAUUAGACACCGUUUUCGCAAGGUGUCUCUGGUGUCAGGGGCCCAGGUGGAAGCCCCUCAAGAGGAGAUGUUUGAGGACAGCCACCAUCGAGAGGAAGUCAAUGGCUUUGCUACACGGGAAGAAGAGACUGUGAAUUACCAGGGCCCCCAGGAUGGGGGUGGCUCCAAGAGCUUCCAGAGCCACGGGCCCAUCUUUUCCAGGAAGUACACACCACCCCCCAAGGAGAAAAGGCCAGUAGGGAGGCUGAAGGAGGCUGUGGACCAGGUGGAUGGCAGCUCCCAAGACCCCAGGACUGAGCCACCAAGCCCAGGAGCCAUGGCUAGGACUGAGUACUCGGUGCCUCUGCCUGGGCCCCGUGAACCAAGCCCCCACCCAGGUGUGAGUCACAUCAGUGGGAGCCCUCGGAGCCUUGAGGAACGGCGGGUGACACGCACUGUGCGGACCACCAUGGUGAUGGGAGGGCACGUGGACCGACGGGUGAACAGCUCUGUGACCGUGGGGCCAACGCUCUCGGGUGAGGCCCUGCCAAGGGGGCGAAACGCUGCCCGCACAGUCCGGGCAGUGGUGGUGAGGCCCCAGGCUGAGGGCUCACCCAGCCGCAGUCAGGCCCUGGAGCUGCUAAGUAGCCUGGUGCCUGCUGAGCGUAGCCCACCUACCGGCCAGCUUCCUAGGCCCAUGGCUGUUGUGCCAAGGAGUCCAGGUCUGGGUCGCUCAGUAGGUGAAGCCCUGGGGCAGCUACCUGAGACAGGGACAGCAGUGCCAAAGGACAGAGAUGCCCUGGCUCCUGCAGGCAUCCCAGAAGGUGCUCAUCCACCGCAGAACCAGGAUGUCCCUGCAGCCCACCCAGACCAAGACCAGGUCAAAGCCCCAGACGCCAGGGCCCAUGAGUCCCCAAGGAUGCAGGGAGCCUCCAGCCCCACCCAACUCCCUUUCCAGACCUCUCAGGGUCAUGUGCCAGUACCCUCCUCUCCCCGGCUCCAGACCCAUAACCCCUCCCUGGGCCUAGUCCACCCCCCAGAGCAGCCUGUGGUGCCCACUCACCCCAGGGGUCAGAUCACUCUCGAGCCCAGGGGACCCCAGGCCCUGCCCUCUGUAAAAAUGGAAGGGCUCACGGAUCCCCCUGCUGCCACCCUCCUGCCCAUGGUGAGGAGUGAGGUUGUUACGGUCCCUGGUCAACCUCUUGUUCCAUCCUCUACAAGAAGGAAGGCUGUGCCCAGCCGAGGAGGUCUGUCCGCUCCAUCCUCCCCAAGAAGUAAGGUCACUCGGAACUCUGAAGAUGUCCCUACCUUCUCUCUUAGCCAAAAAGAGGUAGUGCAGGGCCCUGGUCGUCCUGCUGACCCAUCCCCCACCCAGAAGGAUGUUGCGCAGGGUCCUAGUGCUCCUGCUGCCUCACCUCCCACCCAGAAAGAGGUUGUGCAGGGUCCUAGUGCUCCUACUGCCUCACCCCCAACCAAGGUUGUCCAGGCCUCUGAAGGGAGCCCCAUAUCAUCUCCCACACAAAAAGAGGUUGUCCAAGGUGUUGAAGGCAGCCUUGCCUCUUCCCUCACCAAGGAAGAGGCUGUUCAAGGCCUGGCUGCUCCUGCUAUCCCAUCCCCCCAAAAGGAUAAGGUUGUCCAGGGCUCUGAAGAGAGUCCCAUAUCAUAUCCCACCCCAAAAGAGGUUGUCCAGGGCCCUGGUGCUUCUGCUGCCCCAUUUCCCACCCAGAAAGUGGUUGUCCAGGGUUGUCCUGCUGUUAUCCCUCCUCCCUGCUCCUCAGUGGACAAAGUGUCCCCCAGCCCAGGAGGCCCCCCUGUCCCAGUGCCAGUGGGAGCAGAGGCCAGCCUGGAGUCCCAGCUUGUUCCUGACUCCACCAAGGGUAAGACCCUCCCAGAACCAUCGAGAGAGGAGGAGAUGGCCCUGGCCACUGACCUGGAGAUUUUCCUGGAUACCCUACGGAGCAUGGAGCCCCCCGAGAUCCUCCGCACUCACCGGCUGCCACGAGCUCCUCGCUCCUCCUACCUGGCCAUGUACGCCACACUGCCCGCCAUCGAGGAGGACCAGCCUGGGCCAUGGGUGCUGGGACCCAGCCCCCAGGAGGUGCCUACACUGGAAGAAAAGGGGGAGGAAGAGGAAGAGGAGGAGGAGGAGGAGGAGGAGGAGGAAGAACCAGAGAACCCCUACCUGAGUGACGACGAGAAGCUCCAGCGCAGGCAGGAGAAAGCCGGGCCCAGCCCCUCCUGGGACUCCCGCCCGGCCAGGCCCCCCCAGGCGUCUUGCUCUCCUCUGGAGAUGAUGAAGAAGCACAUGGCAGGUGCCAAGGGCCCCCACCCAGAGCUGGGGCCAGAGUGCCAGGCAGGCAGCAGGCCCACUUCCCGUCUUGGAGGCAGCCUUCUUUUUGGUGGUCUGGUGUCUGCUACCAAGGAGGCCCCCACCUUGGAACCACUGGGCACAAAACUAUCUGCUCUGCCUCCCCAUGGGGCACCAGGGCUCAGGAAGGUGCCAGGACAGCUACCCCUGCUCUGCAGCGAAAGGCCACCACCAGAGAAGCGCACAUGUGCCCGGCUCCCGGAGGGGUGGAGCCCAGCCUUGAAGACCCAGGGCAAGCUGAACACCAGGCCUGGAAAGAUGAUCCUCUUCUCGGAGCCCACCUGCCAAGGCAGCAGCAGGGAGGUUUGGGAAGACAUCGCUGAUGCUUCCAGCUGGGCCCCUGUUGCCUCCAUAAGGGUGGUGCGAGGCUGCUGGGUGCUAUAUGAAGAGCCAGAGUUCCGGGGCCGGAAGCUGGUCCUGCCAGAAGGAGAUGUGGAACUCGGAACCCAGGGGCAAGUGUGGAGUACCCAAGGCAUCGGUUCCCUGAGGAGGGUUGUCCGGGACUACAUUACCCCACAGAUCUGCCUGUACUCUGAGGAGGGCCUCAAGGGGGAGGAAGUGAAGCUAACCGAGGUCUUGGAGGACCUCCAGGGCCUGAAGAAGCCCCUGCAGGUGGCAUCUGCCAUUGUCUCCACAGGACUGUGGCUGCUGUACCCCAAACCUUUCUUUGAAGACAUCCCCUGUAUCCUGGAGCCUGGAGAAUACCCCACCUCAGAGGCCUGGGGUACGUCAGACCCCAGCGUGGGCUCCCUGAAGCCCAUAAGAUUGGGCUGCCCAAGUGUGGAGAAGCCAGGGGAGCCCAAGGCUGUGGUUUAUGAGGCCCCAGGGUUUCAGGGCCGCAGCUGGGAAGUGAGUCGAGACAUCUACAACCUUCAGCAGCCAGAAGACAGCCAGAGCCCCGACCUGGCCUCUGUGGGGUCCCUGCGAAUUCUUGGGGGCUGCUGGGUGGGCUACGAGAAGGAGGGCUUCCGGGGCCACCAGUAUCUGCUGGAGGAGGGGGAAUAUGCUGAUUGGUCACACUGGGGAGGCUAUGACAAGGCGCUGACCUCCCUGCGGGUCAUCCGGACGGACUUCGGGGACCCGGCCGUGGUACUGUUUGAGGCCAUGGACUUCGAGGGGCCCAGCGUGGAGGUGAGCGAGGCAUUGCCGGACGUGGAGCUGGUGCAACACGGCCCCUGCACGCAGGCUAUCCACGUGCUCAGCGGCGUGUGGGUGGCCUAUGAGGAGGUGGGCUUCUCCGGAGAGCAGUACGUGCUGGAGAAAGGCGUGUACCGCAACUGCGACGACUGGGGCGCGGGCAACAGCGCCCUCGCCUCGCUGCAGCCGGUGCUGCAGGUCGGGGAGCACAACCUGCACUUUGUCUCGAAGAUUCAGCUUUUCUCCGGCCCUGACUUUCUGGGCGACCAAAUCUCCUUCGAGGAUGACCAGACCUCUCUGCCCCCCUCCUUCCAGCCCCAGUCCUGCCGCGUCCACGGCAGCAGCUGGAUCCUGUUUGAUGAGAAGAACUUUGAGGGUGACCAGCACAUUCUCUCUGAGGGCGAGUUCCCCACUCUCACGGCCAUGGGCUGCCUAGCCUCCACAGUCUUGGGGUCUCUCCAGAAGGUACCCCUGCACUUUUCAGAGCCCUCCAUUUUCCUGUAUGGACUGGAGUGCUUUGAGGGGAAGGAGAUUGAGCUCAACCGGGAGGUGCGGAGCCUGCAAGCCGAGGGCUUCAACAACCACGUGCUGUCUGUGCAGAUCAAGGGGGGCGUCUGGGUACUCUGUGAGCACAGCGACUUCCGGGGCCGCCAGUGGCUGGUGAGCAGCUGUGAGAUCACCAACUGGCUGACCUACAGCGGGACCCAGAGAGUGGGUUCCCUCUACCCCAUCAAGCAGCGCCGGGCAUAUUUCCGCCUCUGGAAUGCAGCUCUGGGGGGAUUCCUGGCAGUGCCGGACCACGUCGAGGACAUGAAGGCGGGCCGUGUGGUGGUCUCGGAGCCGCAAGCCGGAGGCAGCUCCAUCUGGUACUACGAGGAUGGGCUGCUGAAGAACCAGGUGGCCCCCACCAUGAGCCUGCAGGUGAUUGGACCCCCCAGUACAGGUUCCAAGGUGGUGCUGUGGGCUGAGAGCCGCCUGCCCCGCCAGACGUGGAGCAUCAAUGAAUCGGGCCACAUCUGCAGCCAGAUGUUCGAAGGGCGGAUCCUAGACGUGAAGGGUGGCCGGGGCUAUGACCGGGACCACGCUGUGCUGUGGGAGCUGGCCAAGGACAGGGCGUCCCAGAUCUGGACUGUCCAUGUGCUUUGAACGCUCCCCCCUCCCCCCAGCCCUGGAGGCUUUCCCGGGGAUGACAUAUUUUUAUAGGUUUUUUUGUUGUAACAUAAGCUGUUUUCUAAUAUACUCCCAGGUAUCCUCGUC